GAGGGACGGCCACCCGGAUACUGGAGAAGACGGACCAAUUUGGCUACAGUUGGGCUAACUUGCAAAAGAUCCUCUCUUACACCUCCAUCGUCAUCUCGGUCAUCUUCCUUCUAGAACUUCCGCCGUCACUCUGGGCGUUUGGAAUAGAUUAUUACCUCCCAUGGUCAGAUGUCGAACAUUCAACACUUCACUUACUCGACGCGAUCAUCAUUAUCAUGAACUUUGCCGUCCUAUUCAUACGGGGUCCUGCUCAAGACGUGUUCGAGCUAUUGGUAUUACUGCGUCUGUGGAGGAUGGUCAAGUUGCUGGGAGGUGUCGCUUCCGGAGUUGAACGCUUGAAUAUACAGCUACAGGAGCGACUGGAGGAAACCGAAAAAGAGUUGGCAGCUACACAGCAAGAACUAAAUGAUUGCAAGCGUCAAUUGCAAAUGCUGCAGCAAAGUGCGAAUAGAGAACGGCGAUCUAGGGCAUUGUCGGCAAAGUCAGCGUUCUGGUUAGUCUUUCACUCCGAUAGGUCGGUUUGCAGUAGUUCGGUUCCUCUGUAUGAACAGAGAAGCAGUGCAAUAGCCCGG